AUGGAUGUGGUGGGAGAAAAUGAGGCCUUGCAGCAGUUCUUUGAAGGGCAAGAUGUACAUGGAGCCUUGGAGAAUCCCACGGUAGACACAAGUAUGUUGGAAGAAUUCAUCAGUAGUGACUUUGAGUUUGGAGCCUUGCAGAGCCAGUUGCCAGACUCUCCACCGGACUCGGGGUCAGAAGCGUGCUCUCCGCCGCAGCUGAAGACUGCGCGGUAUGACACUCCGUGGGCCUCUGGGCUGCAGCCCCCACUGCCAUUCCCGUCGGCUGUAGCACCUAGCAAGGUUGCCUGCAGGUUCCCAGAGACUUUCCCUGACCCCGGUGCGAGUGGGCAUCCAUGUGGCAUCCCCCAAGGCUGCUCGCUGAGGACGGAAAAUGCUGCGACCCCUUGGAAUAAUUCCACAUCCUCUGGCAGCUUGAGUUUCAGUUAUUCACAUUUUCAGCCAGAUGUGCCUCAGGCUUCUGGUAUUUCUGCAGCAUCAGCCAAAAAAAGGAAAUUCUCACAACUCUUGGGAGACAGUGCCGAUUCUCCGGUAUGGGCGAACAGCUGCCAGCAAGCAACUGUUAAUGACUGUGCUGCUGAAGCGCAAGAGUAUGACAGCGAUGGACAGAAUGUAGCUUUGGACAAAUGCUGCCAAGCUCUAACAUGGCAACUAUAUCAAACUUCUCACUGGCACAGCUUAUUUAACUCUAAUUAUGAAAAAUUACCUGCCAUAGUUUAUCACAUUGCCACAGACAAAGGAUUUAAUUUUUCAGUAACAGAUGAUGCCUUUGUGUGCCAGAAGAAGAACCAUUUCCAGAUCACAGUCCAUAUUAGAAUCCCUGGACAUCCAAAAUAUGUCAAAACUCUACUGGGGGUGAAACCAAUAGAAAAGUUUUACUUGAAAGUUUUUGGAAUAAAGGUGGAAGCUCCAAGUCAAACAAUUGCUAUUGAACAGUCUCAGUCAGAUCGAAGCAAAAAAACUUUCCAUCCUGUUAAAGUUGAUCUGCCAGAGGACCAGAUGGUCAAAGUAACACUGGGAAGGUUGCAUUUUAGUGAAACAACAGCAAAUAAUAUGCGAAAAAAAGGGAAACCUAAUCCUGACCAAAGAUACUUCAUGCUGGUGGUUGGCCUGUAUGCAGUCUCUCAGGACCAGUUCUACUUACUGUCUGCACAAGUCUCUGAAAGGAUCAUUGUGAGGGCAUCUAACCCAGGGCAGUUUGAAAAUGACAAUGAUGGACUGUGGCAAAGAGGACACGUUCCAGAGACGAUGGUCUAUCAUGGUCGAGUAGGAAUUAACACAGAUGCACCAGACGAAGCACUGGUUGUCUGCGGAAACGCAAAAGUUAUGGGUAGAGUCAUGUAUCCAUCUGACAGCCGAGCAAAACAGAAUAUCCGAGAGGUUGAUACAAACGAGCAGUUGAGAAGAAUAACGCAAAUUAAGCUGGUGGAGUAUGACUACAAGCCCGAAUUUGCAUCUGUUAUGGGAAUAAGCAAUACUCAUGAAACAGGAGUAAUAGCCCAGGAAGUUAAGGAGCUUUUACCACAAGCUGUUACAGAAGUUGGAGAUGUUGCUUGUAAUGAUGGAGAAAAGAUAGAAAACUUCCUCAUGGUUGAUAAGGAUCAGAUCUUUAUGGAGAACGUUGGUGCAGUAAAGCAGCUUUGCAAGCUAACCAACAACCUUGAAAUCAGAAUAGAAGAACUGGAACAGUGGAAUAGAAAACUGGCCACGCUGAAACGGUUGAGCAGUUUAAAGUCAACAAUCAGUGAAAAGAGUACAGUCAGUAGGUAUAGUCGAGCCACUAGUCUGUUGCCAUCAAGAAAAUCAGUUCCGCUAAAAUCCAACAAGGUUUGUUUGUCAAAGAAGAAAAAGUCUUGCUCCAAGAAGAUUUUCCAAAUGACUAUAACAGCUUUGAUUGCUAUUAUGGCACUAUGUGCUUUGACAAUAACGACCCUUUAUGUACUUAGCAUUCAUGACAGACUUUUUGAAAAACAACCCAUUUCCAGCAGUACUGCAAGUUCUGUUGCAGUCUUUCCUUCUGCUACUAUAGCAGCUUUGCAGGAAAAAAGCACAAUUUCUCAGAGCGCGCAACCCAUCGGUGGGAUCCCUGAAGUGAAUUUCUGCGACAUUUUGCCAUGUGACCAGGUCUACUGUUGUCCAAUUCAUCAGGCAAGAAGCAAAUCUCUAAGUUAUGGGAGAAGCAACACAAAGGAGGAAGAAAACAGAAGUAACAUGUUACUUGGAAGUAAUUCAAUCAAAAAUCGUAACAGAAGACUUGAUCUUGGAGAUGACUGGAUUGAUACAACAAUCAGUUCCAUACAGAUUUUGGAAACUCAGCAAAGCAUUGACAGUCGCUAUUGUAGUAAAAAUCUACAGUGCAGGUCUGGAAAUUACAGCUAUGUUAUUCCGGUUGACAAAUACACGCCCACGAAUGUAGAAAUCUCACUGGAAAUCAACACCACAGAACCAUUAAUUGUAUUUCUCUGCAAAGUCACGUUUGGAAAUUAUUGCCCCUAUUAUACUUCAAGCCGAAGCAGUGGGGAGAUUUUCCCACAAACCACACAGGGAUAUCAGCAUAUUUGGAUUCUCCCUGUAGCUAGGUUGUAUGACAGCGCAUACUAUUUCCGUGUGGCUGCACCGGAUCUUGCAGACUGCUCAACAGAUCCUCAUUAUGCUGGAAUGUUUUUUACUGAUUACUACUUCUAUUUUUAUCGACAAUGUAAAUAAAAUGUUGGCAAUCAUUCUGUUCUGUUCUUCGGGGAAAUAACAAUGAAGCUCUUGGUAUGAAAAAGAAACUGAUGUAU